AUAAUCCACUCAGUAUAUCUUGAGCGGGUGAAACUUCGGUCGGCGAAAAUCACAGUCAGCAAGCGCUUUUACAUAGUGCUCCUUACCAACUUAUACGUCUGGACUGCUGCGCUUUCACAAUAGUGCAUAACAUAUUGUGGUUCUCGGCAACGACAGUCGCCCAAUCGCAUACAAACACUCAGGAGUCGAUUGGGAGCCAGCCAAAGCCACGAUGCUCAGCGCGGGUUCUUCUAAGAGCUGCUGCGUUCAGCGCGGUUGCAAUGGACCCAAGCUUGCGACGCUGUCAAAGCUCGUGGCUGGCCAUACUACCGGUCGUGCUGGCGUCUCGUGCCGCGCCGAGGUCGGCGAAACGAACGGCAUCGUGAGCGGCCCCAUUGCAGUCAACCCGUCCAUGUCGCCCGCGCUGGAUCCGGUGUCCGCGGCCUCUGAUGGCUCCAAGGGCUCCAAGGCUGUUGAUCGCAGCAAGGGCCUCUGGACCCGUUGCGAUAAGUGCGGCACCAUCCUUUACAUCAAGCAUCUGAAGGAGCACCACCAUAUCUGCUUCGGCUGCAACUACCACUUGAAGAUGUCCUCUCAGGAGCGCAUCAACCACCUCAUCGAUGCCGGCACCUGGCGCGCCCUAGACGAAACCCUCUCCCCCGUCGAUCCUCUGGAGUUCACCGACCUAAAGCCGUACACGGACCGCAUCAAGGAGGCACAGGAGAAGACCGGUCUGCAGGACGGAGUUCGCACUGGUACGGGACUCCUGCACGGCAUUCCGGUGGCGCUGGGCGUCAUGGACUUCACCUACAUGGGCGGCUCCAUGGGCUCCGUGGUGGGCGAGAAGCUCACUCGCCUGAUCGAAUACGCGACGCAGGAGGGCAUGCCCGUUAUCAUCGUGUGCACCUCAGGCGGCGCGCGCAUGCAGGAGGGUAUUUUCUCGCUCAUGCAGAUGGCCAAGAUCAGCGCCGCGCUGCACGUGCACCAAACCUGCGCCAACUUGCUGUACAUUGCCAUCCUCACCUCCCCCACCACUGGCGGCGUCACUGCGUCAUUUGGCAUGUUGGGUGACGUCAUCAUUGCCGAGCCACAGGCCAUCAUCGGUUUCGCAGGUCGCCGAGUUAUCGAGCAGACUCUGCAGGAGCAGUUGCCCGACGACUUCCAGACCGCCGAAUACCUCCUGGAGCACGGCCUGCUGGACCUGGUGGUGCCGAGGUCCUUCCUCAAGGGGGCGCUGUACGAGAUCAUUGACUUCUACAGGGCUGCGCCGUACAAGCGCCGCGGCACUAUCCCGUACGGUGUACAGCAGGGCACGUUCCUCACGACAGAGGAGAAGGUCCGGCGGCGGUGGGCGCAGUGGGGUCGCAACGGUAACGGCAACGGGAAGAGCGAGCAGCUCAUGGUGGCUUCCGACUCGGCAGCCGUGUCGUACCGCGAGCUGGUCAACAGCUUCAGGGCGUUGGUGGCUUCGGAGCCGGGCAGCAGCAACGGCGCCUCCCACGGUGCUGCGGCUCCCCUGGACCUCCAAGAGCUGCUGUCCGACCCGGAGGCCCUCCCUGCCGCCAUGGACCUGGCCAAGGGCUCAAAGAUCGAAUGGAUGCUGCGCACCGAGAAACUGCUCACUAAGCAGGAGCAGGAGGCCGAGUACGUCUUCCGCGUCAAGUGAACUAUCCGCGAGCUAUUUUCACGAACAUCGUCAGCAUUUUUAAAUGUUACGAUGAAGAUUUCCUAAGCAUGAGGGAGAGGGAUGUAAGUGCGUGGCCUUUUCACACCUGCGAAAGGCCGUUACUCGCGCUGUUGG